AAAUAAAUGCGAAACGCAAAGAAGGUGUGUCCUCCUAGUACUAUAGUGGAGCUAGUGUUGUGAAGCCGUCUCCUAAAUGCAGUAAGAGAUGACUACUAACAAGUAUAUUCCAGGGGCCACGUCCAUUGAGAUCCCUCUGAGAGACACAGAUGAGGUGAUUGAGCUGGAUGUGGACCAAUUGCCAGAGGGCGAUGAAGUCAUUAGCAUUCUCAGAGACGAGAGGGCUCCUCUGCACACCUGGGUCGCACUCGCUUUACACUACUAUAAGCAGAGCAAGUACGAAGAGUUUGUGCGGCUACUGGAAACAUCUAGGACAGACGCAGACAUUACGUACACUGAGCAUGAGAAGGACCAGAUGGUUGCCUUGGAUACGCUGGCGGCUCACUACGUUACGCUGGCCAGGAGUGAGAAGAACAAAGAGCUCAAGAAGGAGAACUUUGCACAGGCGACUUUUCUGUACACUACGGCAGACAAGAUCAUCAUGUACGACCCUCACCAUCUGUUGGGGCGUGCCUACUUCUGUCUUCUUGAGGGGGACAAAAUGGACCAGGCCGAGGCUCAGUUUAACUUUGUACUGCAACAGAGUCCUGACAACAUCCCUGCUCUGCUGGGCAAGGCCUGUAUUGCCUUCAACAAGAAGGAUUUCAAAGCGGCUCUUGCCUACUACAAGAAAGCUCUGAGAACCAACCCAAACUGUCCAGACUCGGUGCGACUGGGAAUGGGCAUCUGUUUCAUGAGACUAGGCAACACAGACAAAGCUCGUCUGGCCUUUGAACGCUCUCUACAGCUCAACCCUCGGUGUGUGGGGGCACUGGUCGGGAUGGCCAUUCUUGAACUCAACAGUAAGGGCCAUGACUCCAUCAAGAAAGGAGUGGAGCUACUCUCAAAGGCUUACACCAUUGACUCCACUAACCCCAUGGUCCUCAACCAUCUGGCCAACCACUUCUUUUUUAAGAAGGACUAUACUAAAGUGCAGCACCUAGCUCUGCAUGCCUUCCACGGUACUGAGGUGGAGUCCAUGCAGGCUGAGAGUUGUUACCAACUGGCCAGGGCCUUCCACGUGCAGGGGGACUACGACCAGGCCUUCCAGUAUUACUAUCAGGCUACCCAGUUUGCAUCCAGUGGCUAUGUGCUCCCCCACUUUGGGCUGGGGCAGAUGUACAUUGCCAGAGGGGACACAGAGAAUGCUACCCAGUGCUUUGAGAAGGUUCUAGCCGCUCAGUCGGGAAAUUACGAGACCAUGAAGAUCCUUGGAUCUCUCUACGCUGCCUCCCCUGACUCUAAGAAAAGAGAGAAAGCCAAGACUCUUAUGAAGAAAGUGACGGAGGAGUUUCCAGAUGAUGUUGAGGCUUGGAUAGAGCUGGCAGCCAUCUUGGAGAAUUCAGAUGUAUCUGGGUCACUGGAUGACUACUCGAAAGCGUCUCAGAUACUCACUGACAAGGUGGGAGCUGACAUACCCCCAGAGAUUCUCAAUAAUAUUGGAGCCCUCCAUUACAAAUUGGGAAGCUACGAAGAGUCAAAGACAUUCUACGAGCAAGCGCUGGAGCGUUGCAAGCAGGAGGCCAUUCAAGAUGAGCAUUAUUACAACGGGUUAUCCAUCACUAUCACCUACAACCUGGGUCGCCUGCACGAGGCCAUGUGCCUGUUUGAAUCUGCCGAGGGGUUAUAUAAGGAUAUACUGGCAGAGCACCCGAGCUACGUGGACUGUUACCUUCGCCUGGGCUGCAUGGCGCGGGACAGAGAACAGAUCUACGAGGCAUCUGAUUGGUUCAAGGAGGCUCUGUCCAAGAAUCCGGACCAUGCUGAUGCCUGGGCCCUCAUUGGUAACCUUCACCUCGCCAAACAAGAGGGGGGACCGGGGCAGAAAAAAUUUGAGCAGAUUCUUAAGAAUACUAAAGGAGAUACUUACUCCCUUCUCUCUCUGGGCAAUGUAUGGCUGACUACAAUCUACACACCUACCAGAGAUCGAAGUAAAGAUAAGCGUCAUCUCGACCGAGCUCUGAGCUACUAUAAAGACGUCCUCCAUAGAGAUCCAAAGAACCUGUACGCAGCCAAUGGAAUAGGAGCCGUGCUUGCUCACAAGGGCUACUAUCGUGAGGCCCGUGACGUGUUUGCACAGGUACGAGAGGCUACGGCAGAGCUACCCGACGUCUGGCUGAAUCUGGCACACAUCUAUGUGGAACAGACCCAGUACAUCAGUGCCAUACAAAUGUAUGAGAACUGCUUGCGGAAGUUCUUCAACUUUCACAGCACCGAGAUCCUUCUCUACCUGGCCAGGGCCUACUUCAAGUGUGGUCGUCUCAACGACUGCAGGCAAACUCUCCUCAAGGCCCGGCACAUCUCCCCCAACGAUUCUCUCCUCCUCUUUAACCUCGCGCUGGUGGAGCAACGAUCCGCCAUGACUGUGCUCAAAGACGAGAUGAGCUCCCUCUCUGAGGUCCUGGCCGCCAUUAGGGAACUAGAGAUGGCUCAAAGGUUCUUUGUCUACUUAAGCAAAGAGGGUGAUCGCAUGAGAUUUGACAUUAACUUUGCCACCCACGAGUCUCGCAAGUGUGCAGACUAUCUGAGUCAGGCCCAGCACCAUCUCACCAGAGCUCGUCAGCUUGAUGAUCAGGAACGAACACUUAAAGAGCGACAGGAGAAGGAUAGAGAGACUCUCAGGAGCAAACUGCAGCAGGAGGAUGAGGAGAAAAACAGAAAGAGGGAGGAGCAAGCCCUACUACUGAAAGAGCAGAGACAGAAGUUCAAAGAAAAAACAUCUGGUUUAAUGAAAUUCACUGAGGUCCAAGAGAAGGAGUCUCGUGCUGCAAAGUCAGGCCGCAAGAAGAAGGAAAGGUCUGGAGACAUUUAUAGUGGGGGAGAGGGUACGGGAGAGGAGAGGCCGACAAAGAAAAGAAGAAGAUCAAGAAAGAAAACAGCUGGUGAUGACGGAGAGCGGAGGAAGAAGAAAAGGAGAAGAGAAGAGCCACGGAAAAAGAGGCGUGCCAGGGCGAGGAUCGAGGCAGACGAUGACGAGGUUGGUCAACCUUCGGAGGAAACAAGGAGAGGGAAGAGGGUGUUCAAGUCUAAAGCUUUUGUGUCCUCAUCAGAAAGCUCGGAUGAAGAGAAACCUCCUGCUAAGGUGGUGGCCGAUACUGCUGCUGGUGAUGGUGGUAGUGGUGAUGGUGAUAGUGGUGAUGGUGAGGCCCCAGGACCGACCAGUGGAGCUGAGAGAGACAGCUUCUCCAGCAGUGACUCUCAGAGUGAAUCAGACGGAAGUGAAAGUGAGGGGAAUGAUUCGGGGCCUGAUGAGGAGGUCAAAGGUCAAGAGGAAGUGUCCGGUGGUGAAGGGAGCAAAGGCCAGGAGAUAUCGGGUGAUGAGGAAAUUGACGUAGAAAAAACUUUGAACAAUAGUAGCAGUGACAGUGACUAAAAACCUUUUAUCUUUGCAUUGUCUUGUCAUUGCUGUUUUCUUUGCUCUGAUCAUUUCUUCCAUUUCCUAUUUUAUAAUAAUUAUUGGCAAAUUGUA